UUGUUAAGUAGCUGGCUGAUAUGGACUUUUUUAGCCCAUAAUAGAGAAGUAAAGAAGGUAGCUUUUGUAAAAGAUGAUGCGGCUCAGAGAUAUUUGCUGAUAACUUGUUCUCACGAUUCAGUUAAAGUAUGGACUUUAUCGCCAGGUGCUGACGAUACAGUUUCGCUAUCAGAAGAAAAUGAGAUUAAAGGAUGGAGAAAUGGUGUACAAGACUUUGAUGUCACAGCGGAUGGAAAAAUUGCUGCGAUAGUAAGUGUCGAUUCUACCUUGCACCAAAUUACAUUACCUGCAGAUGAUCAUUCAGUCGCCAGCAGAGAAGUAUUUGAUACCGGGUUUAUGGAGAUAUGGUUUUUGUGCAUUGUGCCCAACCAGUCGGAGUACAUCUCUACUCGAUAUUCCGGCUCAUUAAUUGCUUUGGAUAUGACAGGCAAGGUCACAAAAACCGCUCCUUUCAAUGGCGUUAAGCAGAUAUCUGCUUUAGCUUGUGUAUGCAUUGUCCACAUUAGUCCUGAUGGCAAGUCAGUAGCUGUAGCAAAUAAUGAAGGAAUAGUCACUAUUGUAGAUUCUGCUAAUUUGGCUUCAAAGUUUUAUUUUGAAGCUCACGCACUGAAGGUGAGAGCAAUAAACUUUUCUCCGGACUCGAAACAUGUUUUGACUGGCUCUGAUGAUAAAACAGUAAAACUCUACGAAAUAUUAGGAUCAAAGGCGCAGCAUGUAAGCACGUUUUGCGGUCACAGGAAUUAUAUUACUGCAGUUCAGUUUGAUCGGAGUUACGAUGGACAGAGAUUUGCUAGUUGUUCUAAUGACAGUUCGGUAAUCAUCUGGAAUGCGCAGUCAACUCAACCUUUAUAUAUGUUUCAAAAUUUACACGAAGGAGUAGUUACCAGUGUCUCGUUCUCAUUUGACAAUCAAUUUCUGGCUUCAGUAGGAGAAGAUCGAACUAUAUGUAUCAGCAGGGUGGACGACGGAACUCGCCAAGUAGUUGGAAAGGACAGCGAACUAACGCAAGAUAAUGAACCUCAAGCACAGGAGUACAGUAAUAAUAUAUAUGAUAGCGAGGAAAUUCAUGGCUAUUCUGCAACCUUAUUCGACAGCCACUAUAGUACAGGGCCUCAAGAAGAGGAAGAGGACGAAUUACUCGUUAGGGCUAGGCGAGAUUUAGAAGCAGCAAGUGAUGACGAAAAAAUAUCAUAA